AGUGUUUCGUGAGUGUAGCAUAACGUCUUGCACCAUGAGAAAAGUUAGCUUAGGUUUCUUAGCCAUCGGGCUUUUAGCCUUAAUAAGUAGCAUCAGUGCUCAACUUGAGCCAUACUGGUGGGGUAACCGGAAUACUAUUGUACAUCUAUUCGAAUGGAAAUGGUCUGAUAUAGCUGAAGAAUGUGAAGAUUUCUUAGCACCAAAUGGCUUUGCUGGUGUACAGGUUUCACCUGUUGCUGAAAACGUUGUCGUUGAAGGUCGUCCUUGGUGGGAACGUUAUCAACCCAUCUCUUAUGAGUUAGAAACACGUUCAGGUAGUGAAGAGGAAUUCGCUGAUAUGGUUCGCCGUUGCAAUGACGUCGGUGUACGCAUUUAUGUUGAUGUUCUCUUGAACCACAUGGCUGCUGAUCAUUUCCGUACUGUUGAAGGCACAGCUGGUAAUUUGGCUGAGCCAGGUCUUAAGUCUUUCCCUGCUGUUCCUUACUCCGAGGAACAUUUCCACAAAACUUGUGAGAUUUAUGACUGGAAUGAUCGUUAUCAAGUGCAAAGCUGUGAAUUGGUUGGUCUUAAGGAUUUGGACCAAAGUCAAGAAUAUGUGCGCGAUCGGUUGGUCGAAUUCUUGGAUCAUUUAGUUGAACUCGGUGUGGCUGGCUUCCGUGUUGAUGCUGCUAAACAUAUGGCUGCAACUGACUUAGAGAUCAUUUAUAGUCGCAUCAGCGAUCUCAACAUUGAUCACGGUUUCCCAAGAAAUGCACGCCCCUUCAUUUAUCAAGAAGUCAUUGAUCAUGGACACGAAACCGUUAGCAAAUAUGAAUACAAUAACUUGGGAGCUGUGACUGAGUUCAGUUUCUCCGAAGAAAUUGGUCGUGCAUUCCGCGGACAAAAUCAACUUAAAUGGUUGAGUACUUGGGGUUCUGAUUGGGGAUUCUUACCAUCUGACUCAGCCUUUGUAUUUGUUGAUAAUCACGAUAAUCAGCGUGAUGGUGGUUACGUACUUACCUACAAAGAUGCUAAACAAUACAAAAUGGCUACAGCUUUCGCUUUAUCGUAUCCUUUCGGUAUAACCCGUGUCAUGAGCUCUUUCGACUUUAGCGAUCGUGAUCAGGCACCUCCAGCGAAUGCUGAUGGUUCCAUUAAAUCGCCUGAAUUCAACUCAGAAGGUGCUUGCAUCAACGGCUGGGUAUGUGAACAUCGCUGGCGUCAAAUCUAUAAUAUGGUUGGCUUCAAGAACGCCGUUCGCGGCAACGACUUGAAUGACUGGUGGGAUAAUGGCGAUAAUCAAAUUGCUUUCUGUCGUGGCGAUAGUGGUUUCAUUGCAUUCAAUGGCAAUGACUAUGACUUGAAUCAACGUUUAAUGACUUGCCUGUCACCAGGUGUUUAUUGCGAUGUCAUUUCUGGUUCCAAAAUUGAUGGCUCCUGCACUGGCAAAACUGUUACCGUCGAACAAUGGGGUUAUGCUGACAUUUACAUUGGCAGCUAUGAGUUUGAUGGUGUCUUGGCCAUACACAAGGGCUCGAAAUUGUAGGGCAUGGAAUUGCCAAAACUGGUGUUGGGCACUUAAUAGUUAUAUUAGAAAUUUUUUAUUAAAAUACAAAUAAAUUGUUUUUUGUUUCAUAUAUUUAAAACUUGAACGUCAAA